AUGAGGCAGCGCCCCGGUGUGGAGCUGGAAGGCAACUCGGCCUCGCUCAGCUUCCGAAGAGUGCAGCCGCUGGAGGUGGCGAAGCAGCACCGGCUGCUACACGACGCAGCGCCCUGGUGUGGAGCUGGAAGAAGGCAACUCGGCCACACUCAGCCUCCGAAGAGAGCAGCCUCUGGAGGUGGCGAAGCAGCGCCGGCUGCCACACGAGGCAGCGCCCCGGUGUGGAGCUGGAAGGCAACUCGGCCUCGCUCAGCUUCCGAAGAGAGCAGCCGCUGGAGGUGGCGAAGCAGCACCGGCUGCUACACGACGCAGCGCCCCGGUGUGGAGCUGGAAGGUAACUCGGCCUCACUCAGCUUCCGAAGAGAGCAGCCGCUGGAGGUGGCGAAGCAGCACCGGCUGCCACACGAGGCAGCGCCCCAAUGUGGAGCUGGAAGGCAACUCGGCCUCACUCAGCUUCCGAAGAGAGCAGCCGCUGGAGCUUCCGAAGAGAGCAGCCGCUGGAGGUGGCGAAGCAACGCCGGCUGCCACACGAGGCAGCGCCCCGGCGUGGAGCUGGAAGGCAACUCUGCCUCACUCUGCUUCCGAAGAGAGCAGCUGCUGGAGGUGGCGAAGCAGCACCGGCUGCCACACGAGGCAGCGCCCUGGUGUGGAGCUGGAAGGCAACUCGGCCUCACUCAGCUUCCGAAGAGAGCAGCUGCUGGAGGUGGCGAAGCAGCGCCGGCUGCCACACGAGGCAGCGCCCCGGUGUCGAGCUGGAAGGCAACUCGGCCUCACUCAGCUUCCAAAGAGAGCAGCCGCUGUAGGUGGCGAAGCAGCACCGGCUGCCACACGAGGCAGCGCCCCGGUGUGGAGCUAGAAGGCAACUCGGCCACACUCAGCUUCCGAAGAGAGCAGCUGCUUGAGGUGGCGAAGCAGCGCCGGCUGCCACACGAGGCAGCGCCCCGGUGUGGAGCUGGAAGGCAACUCGGCCUCGCUCAGCUUCCGAAGAGAGCAGCCGCUAGAGGUGGCGAAGCAGCACCGGCUGCUACACGACGCAGCGCCCCGGUGUGGAGCUGGAAGGCAACUCGGCCUCGCUCAGCUUCCGAAGAGAGCAGCCGCUGGAGGUGGCGAAGCAGCGCCGGCUGCCACACGAGGCAGCGCCCCGGUGUGGAGCUGGAAGGCAACUCGGCCUCACUCAGCUUCCGAAGAGAGCAGCCGCUGGAGGUGGCGAAGCAGCGCCGGCUGCCACACGAGGCAGCGCCCCGGUGUGGAGCUGGAAGGCAACUCGGCCUCGCUCAGCUUCCGAAGAGAGCAGCCGCUGGAGGUGGCGAAGCAGCGCCGGCUGCCACACGAGGCAGCGCCCCGGUGUGGAGCUGGAAGGCAACUCGGCCUCACUCAGCUUCCGAAGAGAGCAGCCACUGGAGGUGGCGAAGCAGCGCCGGCUGCCACACGAGGCAGCGCCCCAGUGUGGAGCUGGAAGGCAAGUCGGCCUCACUCAGCUUCCGAAGAGAGCAGCCGCUGGAGGUGGCGAAGCAGCGCCGGCUGCCACACGAGGCAGCGCCCCGGUGUGGAGCUGGAAGGCAACUCGGACUCGCUCAGCUUCCGAAGAGAGCAGCCGCUGGAGGUGGCGAAGCAGCGCCGGCUGCCACACGAGGCAGCGCCCCGGUGUGGAGGUGGAAGGCAACUCGGCCUCGCUCAGCUUCCGAAGGGAGCAGCCACUGGAGGUGGCGAAGCAGCACCGGCUGCUACACGACGCAGCGCCCCGGUGUGGAGCUGGAAGCUUCCGUAGAGAGCAGCCGCUGGAGGUGGCGAAGCAACGCCGGCUGCCACACGAGGCAGCGCCCCGGCGUGGAGCUGGAAGGGAACUCGGCCUCACUCUGCUUCCGAAGAGAGCAGCUGCUGGAGGUGGCGAAGCAGCACUGGCUGCCACACGAGGCAGCGCCCCGGUGUGGAGCUGGAAGGCAACUCGGCCUCACUCAGCUUCCGAAGAGAGCAGCUGCUGGAGGUGGCGAAGCAGCGCCGGCUGCCACACGAGGCAGCGCCGUGGUGUGGAGCUGGAAGGCAACUCGGCCUCACUCAGCUUCCAAAGAGAGCAGCCGCUGUAGGUGGCGAAGCAGCACCGGCUGCCACACGACGCAGCGCCCCGGUGUGGAGCUAGAAGGCAACUCGGCCACACUCAGCUUCCGAAGAGAGCAGCUGCUUGAGGUGGCGAAGCAGCGCCGGCUGCCACACGAGGCAGUGCCCCGGUGUGGAGCUGGAAGGCAACUCGGCCUCGCUCAGCUUCCGAAGAGAGCAGCCGCUAGAGGUGGCGAAGCAGCACCAGCUGCUACACGACGCAGAGCCCCGGUGUGGAGCUGGAAGGCAACUCGGCCUCGCUCAGCUUCCGAAGAGAGCAGCCGCUGGAGGUGGGGAUGCAGCACCGGCUGCCACACCGGGCAGCGCCCCAAUGUGGAGCUGGAAGGCAACUCGGCCUCACUCAGCUUCCGAAGAGAGCAGCCGCUGGAGGUGGCGAAGCAGCACUGGCUGCCACAUGAGGCAGCGUCCCGGUGUGGAGCUGGAAGGCAACUCGGCCUCACUCAGCUUCCGAAGAGAGCAGCCGCUGGAGGUGGCGAAGCAACGCCGGCUGCCACACGAGGCAGCGCCCCGGCGUGGAGCUGGAAGGCAACUCGGCCUCACUCUGCUUCCGAAGAGAGCAGCUGCUGGAGGUGGCGAAGCAGCACCGGCUGCCACACGAGGCAGCGCCCUGGUGUGGAGCUGGAAGGCAACUCGGCCUCACUCAGCUUCCGAAGAGAGCAGCUGCUGGAGGUGGCGAAGCAGCGCCGGCUGCCACACGAGGCAGCGCCCCGGUGUCGAGCUGGAAGGCAACUCGGCCUCACUCAGCUUCCAAAGAGAGCAGCCGCUCGCCCCGGUGUGGAGCUGGAAGGCAACUCGGCCUCGCUCAGCUUCCGAAGAGAGCAGCCGCUGGAGGUGGCGAAGCAGCGCCGGCUGCCACACGAGGCAGCGCCCCGGUGUGGAGCUGGAAGGCAACUCGGCCUCACUCAGCUUCCGAAGAGAGCAGCCGCUGGAGGUGGCGAAGCAGCGCCGGCUGCCACACGAGGCAGCGCCCCGGUGUGGAGCUGGAAGGCAACUCGGCCUCGCUCAGCUUCCGAAGAGAGCAGCCGCUGGAGGUGGCGAAGCAGCGCCGGCUGCCACACGAGGCAGCGCCCCGGUGUGGAGCUGGAAGGCAACUCGGCCUCACUCAGCUUCCGAAGAGAGCAGCCACUGGAGGUGGCGAAGCAGCGCCGGCUGCCACACGAGGCAGCGCCCCAGUGUGGAGCUGGAAGGCAAGUCGGCCUCACUCAGCUUCCGAAGAGAGCAGCCGCUGGAGGUGGCGAAGCAGCGCCGGCUGCCACACGAGGCAGCGCCCCGGUGUGGAGCUGGAAGGCAACUCGGCCUCGCUCAGCUUCCGAAGAGAGCAGCCGCUGGAGGUGGCGAAGCAGCGCCGGCUGCCACACGAGGCAGCGCCCCGGUGUGGAGCUGGAAGGCAACUCGGCCUCACUCUGCUUCCGAAGAGAGCAGCUGCUGGAGGUGGCGAAGCAGCACCGGCUGCCACACGAGGCAGCGCCCCGGUGUGGAGCUGGAAGGCAACUCGGCCUCACUCAGCUUCCGAAGAGAGCAGCUGCUGGAGGUGGCGAAGCAGCGCCGGCUGCCACACGAGGCAGCGCCCCGGUGUCGAGCUGGAAGGCAACUCGGCCUCACUCAGCUUCCAAAGAGAGCAGCCGCUGUAGGUGGCGAAGCAGCACCGGCUGCCACACGACGCAGCGCCCCGGUGUGGAGCUAGAAGGCAACUCGGCCACACUCAGCUUCCGAAGAGAGCAGCUGCUUGAGGUGGCGAAGCAGCGCCGGCUGCCACACGAGGCAGCGUCCCGGUGUGGAGCUGGAAGGCAACUCGGCCUCGCUCAGCUUCCGAAGAGACCAGCCGCUAGAGGUAGCGAAGCAGCACCGGCUGCUACACGACGCAGCGCCCCGGUGUGGAGCUGGAAGGCAACUCGGCCUCGCUCAGCUUCCGAAGAGAGCAGCCGCUGGAGGUGGCGAAGCAGCGCCGGCUGCCACACGAGGCAGCGCCCCGGUGUGGAGCUGGAAGGCAACUCGGCCUCACUCAGCUUCCGAAGAGAGCAGCCGCUGGAGGUGGCGAAGCAGCGCCGGCUGCCACACGAGGCAGCGCCCCGGUGUGGAGCUGGAAGGCAACUCGGCCUCGCUCAGCUUCCGAAGAGAGCAGCCGCUGGAGGUGGCGAAGCAGCGCCGGCUGCCACACGAGGCAGCGCCCCGGUGUGGAGCUGGAAGGCAACUCGGCCUCACUCAGCUUCCGAAGAGAGCAGCCACUGGAGGUGGCGAAGCAGCGCCGGCUGCCACACGAGGCAGUGCCCCGGUGUGGAGCUGGAAGGCACCUCGGCCUCACUCAGCUUCCGAAGAGAGCAGCCGUUGGAGGUGGCGAAGCAGCGCCGGCUGCCACACGAGGCAGCGCCCCGGUGUGGAGCUGGGAGGCAACUCGGCCUCGCUCAGCUUCCGAAGAGAGCAGCCGCUGGAGGUGGCGAAGCAGCGCCGGCUGCCACACGAGGCAGCGCCCCGGUGUGGAGCUGGAAGGCAACUCGGCCUCGCUCAGCUUCCGAAGAGAGCAGCCGCUGGAGGUGGCGAAGCAGCGCCGGCUGCCACACGAGGCAGCGCCCCAGUGUGGAGCUGGAAGGCAAGUCGGCCUCACUCAGCUUCCGAAGAGAGCAGCCGCUGGAGGUGGCGAAGCAGCGCCGGCUGCCACACGAGGCAGCGCCCCGGUGUGGAGCUGGAAGGCAACUCGGCCUCGCUCAGCUUCCGAAGAGAGCAGCCGCUGGAGGUGGUGAAGCAGCGCCGGCUGCCACACGAGUCAACGCCCCGGUGUGGAGCUGGAAGGCAACUCGGCCUCACUCAGCUUCCGAAGAGAGCAGCUGCUGGAGGUGGCGAAGCAGCGCCGGCUGCCACACGAGGCAGCGCCCCGGUGUGGAGCUGGAAGGCAACUCGGCCUCACUCAGCUUCCGAAGAGAGCAGCCGCUGGAGGUGGCGAAGCAGCACCGGCUGCCACACGAGGCAGCGUCCCAAUGUGAAGCUGGAAGGCAACUCGGCCUCACUCAGCUUCCGAAGAGAGCAGCCGCUCCUCCGAAGAGAGCAGCCUCUGGAGGUGGCGAAGCAGCGCCGGCUGCCACACGAGGCAGCGCCCCGGUGUGGAGCUGGAAGGCAACUCGGCCUCGCUCAGCUUCCGAAGAGAGCAGCCGCUGGAGGUGGCGAAGCAGCACCGGCUGCUACACGACGCAGCGCCCCGGUGUGGAGCUGGAAGGUAACUCGGCCUCACUCAGCUUCCGAAGAGAGCAGCCGCUGGAGGUGGCGAAGCAGCACCGGCUGCCACACGAGGCAGCGCCCCAAUGUGGAGCUGGAAGGCAACUCGGCCUCACUCAGCUUCCGAAGAGAGCAGCCGCUGGAGGUGGCGAAGCAGCACUGGCUGCCACAUGA